CGGAGUGCACCGAACCUUCCCGGAGUGCACCGAACCUGCCCCGGACUGCACCGAACCUGCCCCGGACUGCACCGAACCUGCCCCGGACUGCACCGAACCUGCUCCGGACUGCACCGAACCUUCCCCGGACUGCACCGAACCUGCCCCGAGCGGCACCGAACCUGCUCCGGACUGCACCGAACCUGCCCCGGACAGCCCCGAACCUUUCCCGGACUGCACCGAACCUGCCCCGGACUGCACCGAACCUUCUCCGGACAGUCUCGAACCUUCCCCGGGCAGCAGCGGACAGCACCGAACCUGCUCGGGACAGUCCCGAACCUGCUGCGACCAGCCCCGAACCUUCCCCGGACUGCACCGAAUCUUCCCCGGACAGCCCCAAACCUUUCCCGCCCCUCACCGGACAGCAGUGACCCCUGACCGGACAGUCCCGCCCCUCACCGGACAGCAGUGACCCCUGAGCGGGCCGUACCGGACAGUCCCGCCCCUCACCGGACAGCAGUGACCCCUGACCGGACAGUCCCGCCCCUCACCGGACAGCAGUGACCCCUGACCGGACAGUCCCGCCCCUCACCGGACAGCCCCGAGGCUUUGCCGGACGCCGCUGUCCGGAGAGCCCCGACCUUGUUCCAGGCCGGAGCCGUUCCCUGCCCGGUGCCGUUCCCUGUCCCGUUCCCUGUCCCGUUCCCUGUCCCGUUCCCUGUCCCGUUCCCGGUCCCUGUCCCGGUGCCGUUCCCGGUCCCGGUGCAGCCAUGGCGGCCCCGCUCGCCCCCUCCGGUUUCCAGUUCGCCAUCGACCGCGGCGGGACCUUCACGGACGUGUUCGCCCGCUGUCCCGGCGGCCGCGUCCGCGUCCUCAAGCUGCUCUCCGAGGACCCCGCGUACCGGGACGCGCCCACCGAGGGCAUCCGCCGCAUCCUGCAGGAGGAGCUGGGGGUGCCCCUGCCCCGGGACCAGCCCCUGGACGGAUCCCAGAUCCAGUGGAUCCGCAUGGGCACCACGGUGGCCACCAACGCGCUGCUGCAGCGCCGGGGCGAGCGCACGGCCCUGGCCGUGACCCGCGGCUUCCGACACCUGCUGCACAUCGGCACCCAGGCCAGGCCGCACCUGUUCGACCUGGAGGUGGCCAUGCCAGACAUGCUGUACGAGGAGGUCAUCGAGGUGGACGAGCGGAUUGUCCCCGAGCAGCCGGAUUGUCACCUGCCCGGGAGUGACAGCUGGCCCCGGGUACAAGGCUGUUCCGGGGUCACCCUGCUGGUGCAGAAGCCGCUGGACCUGGAGCGGCUCCGGGGGGACCUCGAGGGGCUCCUGAACCGCGGCUUCCGGAGCCUGGCGGUGCUGCUGCUGCACAGCUACGCGUGGCCCGAGCACGAGGAGCAGGUGGCCGCGCUGGCCCUGGAUCUGGGUUUCUCUCAGGUGUCCCUGUCCUCGGGGGUGGCGCGCAUGGCCCGGGCCGUGCCCCGCGGCCUCACGGCCUGUGUGGACGCUUACCUGAGCCCAGGUGUGCGCAGCUACCUGCACAGCUUCUGCCAGGGCUUCCGGGACGGGCUCCAGGGGGUCCGGGUGCUGUUCAUGCGCUCGGACGGCGGGCUCACCCCCAUGGCCCGGUUCCGGGGGUCCCAGGCCAUCCUGUCCGGCCCCGCCGCGGGGGUCGUGGGCUACGCCAGGACCACCUUCGACCCCCGGGACGGGACCCCCGUGAUCGGCUUCGACAUGGGAGGCACCUCGACGGACGUGAGCCGCUUUGCGGGCGCGCUGGAGCACGUGUUCGAGGCCAGCACGGCCGGAGUGUCCAUCCAGGCCCCGCAGCUGGACAUCAACACCGUGGCCGCGGGGGGAGGGUCCCGCCUCUUCUUCCGGUCCGGUCUCUACGUUGUCGGUCCCGAAUCCGCGGGGGCGCACCCGGGCCCGGCGUGUUACCGCAAGGGGGGUCCCCUGACGGUCACCGACGCCAACCUUGUCCUGGGCCGGCUGCUCCCCGAGUACUUCCCGCGGAUCUUCGGGCCGGGCGAGGACCAGCCGCUGUGCCGGGACAGCGCGGUGGCCGCGUUCCGUCACCUGGCCGCCACCAUCGGGGACUUCCGGAGUGCCACGGGGGACAGCGCUGUCCCCGACGUGUCCCCCGAGCCGCCCUCGGUCGAGGAGGUGGCGCUGGGCUUCAUCCGCGUGGCCAACGAGGCCAUGUGCCGGCCCAUCCGCGCGCUGACACAGGCUCGGGGACACGACGCCUCCCGUCACAUCCUGGCGUGUUUCGGUGGCGCGGGCGGGCAGCACGCGUGUGCCAUCGCCCGCACGCUGCGCAUGGCGCGGGUCUGCGUGCACCGGCACAGCGGGCUGCUCUCGGCGCUCGGGCUGGCUCUCGCCGAUGUCGUGCACGAGGAGCAGGAGCCGUGCGCGCUCCCGUACGGCCCCGGCGCGUUCCCGCGCCUCGAGCAGCGGCUGCGGGAGCUCGAGCGGCGCUGCCGGGACGCGCUGCGGGGACAGGGGUUCGCCGACGAGCAGAUUGUCACCGAGCCCUUCCUGCACAUGCGCUACGAUGGCACCGACGGCGCCCUCAUGGUGUCAGCGCGGGGCCACCCCGCCCGGCCGGACACGUGCCAGGCUGGGGACUUCCUGGGGGCCUUCACCGAGCGGUACCGCCAGGAGUUCGGGUUCGCGCUGCCGGGCCGCGCCGUGCUCGUGGACGAUCUGCGGGUGCGGGGCACCGGCAGCACCGAGCCCGUGGCCCCCGAGCCGCUGGGGCCGCGCGGGGACGCGCCCAGAGUGGAGACGGUGACCCAGUGCUAUUUCGAGGGGGGGUACCAGGACACCCCCGUGUACCUGCUGGAGGACCUGGGCAGUGACCACGUCCUGCCCGGCCCGGCCAUCAUCAUCGACACCAACAGCACCAUCGUGGUGGAGCCGGGCUGCGUGGCCACCAUGACCCCGCUUGGGGACAUCAACAUCGCCGUGGGGGAGGGGCCGGCCCAGACCCUGGGGACGGAGCUGGACCCGGUCCAGUUGUCCAUCUUCUCACACCGCUUCAUGAGCAUCGCAGAGCAGAUGGGGCGCACCCUGCAGCGCACGGCCAUCUCCACCAACAUCAAGGAGCGCCUCGACUUCUCGUGCGCCCUGUUCGGGCCCGACGGGGGGCUCGUGUCCAACGCCCCCCACAUCCCCGUGCACCUGGGGGCCAUGCAGGAGGCCGUGCAGUUCCAGAUCCGGGAGCUGGGCCCGGAGCUGCGCGAGGGCGACGUCAUCCUGAGCAACCACCCCCGGGCGGGGGGGAGCCACCUGCCCGACCUGACCGUCAUCACACCUGUGUUCUGGCCGGGCCAGCCCCGCCCCGUGUUCUUCGUGGCCAGCCGGGGUCACCACGCCGAUGUCGGGGGCAGCACCCCCGGCUCGAUGCCCCCGCACUCGCAGAGCCUGCGCCAGGAGGGCGCCGUGUUCGUGUCCUUCAAACUGGUGACAAAGGGACAGUUCCAGGAGCAGGCUGUCACCGAGGCGCUGCUGGCCCCGGGCGCUGUCCCCGGCUGCUCGGGCACGCGGAACCUGCGGGACAACCUGGCGGACCUGAGGGCGCAGGUGGCGGCGAACCAGAAAGGGAUCGGGCUGGUGCGGGAGCUGAUCGGGCACUGCGGGCUGGAGGCCGUGCAGGCUUAUAUGGGAUACGUGCAGGAUAACGCCGAGGUGGCAGUCAGGGACACGCUCCGGGCCGUGGCCGCGCGCUGGGGGUCGCUGCUCCAGGCCGAGGACUCGAUGGACGACGGGACCCCGAUCCGGCUGCGCGUGGAGCUGGACCCCAAAGAGGGCAGCGCCGUGUUCGAUUUUGGGGGGACGGGCCCCGAGGUUUUGGGGAACUGCAACGCGCCCCGAGCGAUCACCCUGAGCGCGCUGAUCUACUGCCUGCGGUGCCUGGUGGGGCACGACAUCCCCCUCAACCAGGGCUGCCUCGCACCUGUCCAGGUGCUCAUCCCGCCCGGCUCCAUCCUGGACCCCUCCCCCGAGGCCGCGGUGGUCGGUGGGAACGUGCUGACGUCACAGCGCCUGGUGGACGUGGUGCUGCGCGCGUUCGGCGUCUGCGCGGCGUCACAGGGCUGCAUGAACAACGUGACGUUCGGCUCGGACCGGGGCGGGUACUACGAGACGGUGGCGGGGGGCGCCGGGGCCGGGCCCCACUGGGAGGGGCGGAGCGGGGUCCACACGCACAUGACAAACACCAGGAUCACUGACCCCGAAAUACUGGAAUUGAGGUACCCCGUGGUGCUGCGGCGCUUCGAGCUGCGCGCGGGCUCGGGGGGCGCGGGGCAGUGCCGGGGGGGGGACGGGGUGAUCCGGGAGCUGCAGUUCCGGAGAGGGGCAGAGCUGGCGGUGCUGAGCGAGCGCAGGGCCACCCGGCCGUAUGGCAUGGCAGGGGGGCUCCCGGGGGCCCCGGGGCUGAAUUUGCUGCUGCGCCGGGACGGGCGAGUGAUCAACGUGGGGGGGAAGGGCCAGGUGUCCGUGGAGCCAGGGGACAUUUUCCGCCUGCUGACCCCGGGCGGGGGCGGUUUCGGCCCCCCUGAGGAGGGGUCUGGGGGCGCCCCCCGGGACCCCCCGGACCCCCAGGACCUCUGGGCCCCCCGGAGCCCCCAGGAACCCCAAAACCCCCCCAAAAAACCCCAAAACCCCGGGGGCGCCCCCGCCCCACAAACCUUCCUGGAGCGCGGCAGCGUCUUCGAGUUCCGGCGGGCGCAGGAGGGAGUGUGACCCCAAAAACCCCAAAAAACCCCAAAAAAACCCCAAAUCCCUGUGGGGUGACCCCAAAACAGCUGUGG